GUGGGAAAACUCAGGUGCAAAAUACACAGGUGUAUAAAUAGAUAUGAUAGUAUAUAUACAUAUAUACACACACAUACUGUACGCAAGAGUAUCGAUCUAUAGACGAAUCCUUUAUCUGUGAAAGCCAUGCUUUACCUGUAGGUGUACCCGGCAAUACACAGGUACAUAUAUAUCUACCUGGCUCAGAGACAAAGACAGCCACGCCAAUUUACGCACUUCUAUAAUUAAUGAAGGAGUCGCAACAUAUUUCUAUGCUAUGAAGUUAAGUCGGGUGGAUUUGGAACUGUGGGGAGUUGAAGACCUCCAGUCCUAGACAUGAACAGAACAAUUAACAAGACUACUGUAGGACUGGGUAACACCAGGAGACGAGAGAGAUUGGCAAUUAUUUAACACCAUGAAGCAGACAACACUUUCUACUGAAUUGGAUCUGAUGAGGUUGACGUAAAACUCAUUAAAAAACAACCGAGGACAAUAACCUAGAUAUGGAAAAGAGAGAGAAAAGCCACUAUAAAACAAAACUGGUUACAGAUUCCAUUGAAUGCCAAAAAGCUCUGUCACGUUUCAUCAAAGAGGGAGAAAAUGAAAAAGCAGACGAUCUUUUAAGCCUCUUUAAUUACUACAACCGUACUGACGCCCUCGUCAAAUAUAGGGAAAAUGAAGAUGAAACGUUUCUACAUACGGCAGCAAAAUAUCAAGACGAUGAUAGCAUGGUUCAGCGGCUUGCCAAGCUAUGUCCACAACUCCUUACACAGGCGAGGGAGAAUUCUGAAGAUUAUAAGGGACAAACUGCCUUCCAUAUUGCAAUCACUAAGGGUAACAUCUGCGCAGUGGAAACUAUGUUAGCCCAGGCUAAACAGAGUCAAUCUUCCGAUAUCUUGAAGAGGAUGAUGUAUACAGAGGCAACUGGAGCGAGGUUUGUCAAUACUGCGAUGAUGGGAGGAAUUCCUCUGAGUGUCGCAGCUUUGGCGUUUCAACCAGAAAUGGUUUAUAUACUUAUUGAAAACGAGGCGGAAAUCGAACACGCAAAUGCGGACGGAGAUACCGUGUUUCAUUCCUUGAUCAAAUACGCAGCCAUUUAUCCGGAAAAAAUCACCGAUGUUGUAUCCAUGCUCGAAUGUCUUCAAGAUGAAUUGAAGAUAAAGGGGCUUACGGAGCGCAUGUUUUCAGAUGACAGCACUAGUCUACAGUAUAAGUACCAAUACACAUAUGUAUGGUUCAUACGCAAUAACGAGAACCUCACUCCACUACAGCUAGCUGCUAAACACGGCGUCGUGGAAGCGUUUGAUUUGAUCAUAAAUCUAGAGGACGUUUACUGCUUCUUCAGUACACAUGACGGUCUCUUUGAUAUCAAAAUGUACGAUGUCACGGAGGUAGACUCGAUCGCCGCUAUCAGAGCGGCUGCUUCGAAUAACGGUCUCGUAAAGAAGGCGCAUAGUCGAGGAAGCGUGCUACCGAAACGCGAAGGGAUCGCAAACAAACAACUGCGGAAGUCCAAGCAACAGAUUGUAGCAUGUGGAGGAAAUUAUCCGGAGACUGAAAGUAUUCUUGAAAUGAUGUUCAACAAUAGCUACCAUUCAAAAGACGCAUUUCGUCUGAUAGAAAUGCCACCUGUAAAGAAUCUGGUUCGUGCCAAGUGGACUUUCUAUCGGUGGAUCUAUUACAUCUGGUUUUGUUUUCAUGUACUUUUCAUUAUGGGUCUAACAGGGUAUGCGGUAGUUAGAACACAGAUAUUUUACGACACCUCCGGCAAAUCCCGGGCAGACAGAGAAUCCGAGAACCCAGAAGUGAAUGCGUUUGUCAAGAUAUACCACUGGUUGUCGUUUGUUUGUGGACUGAUCUACGUCUUGGUAUCCGUUUUACUCUUUGUGCCAAAAUUUCGCCGCUCAAAUUCCGAUCAGUAUUUUUUGCAUAAUCUUGAAUACAUUGUUAUCCUUACUGUGCAUUCCAGUUGCAUUGUCAUAGAUACGUUUAUGACAGCAUCAGACGAUUCACAUGACGGUAUCCCUCUCAUUAUUGCCUUGAUUACCGGCUGGUGGUUCACCGUCUUCUUUCUUCGACCUCAGAGGAUAUUCAGCUUCUUUACAGAAAUGAUAAAGCGUGUGAUAAUAGGAGACUUGUUCAGAUUUGGCAUUGUGUUGUUAUUCGAACUCAUUUCUUUCACAGCAGCAAUGCACAUACUCUUCCAAGUGGACGCUGUUCCUGGUGAUAACAAUGACGUUGCUGAGAACGAAUAUUCGUCCUACUGGACCACCAUGCUGGCUAUGUUUAAACUUAUGCUCGGUCUUGGGGAUAUUGAGACCUUGUACGAUUCCCGCGUGCCUUGGCUAUCAGUGACAUUGUUUGUGAUAUUUGUAAUACUGUCGUAUGUUCUACUGCUGAACGCCUUAAUCGCCAUGAUGUCACAGACGUGUGCUAUUGUUCUUGAGGACAGAUAUCCGCAAUGGCGAAUACAACAAUUAUCUGUGAUAUUGUUUUUAGAAGACAUUUUUUGUUUGUGCUGUUUAAACAGGGUCUUGCCUUGUCACUCUGAAGCAAGAGAGAUACGCGGUUUUGAUACUGCUACGAAACAAAACAAGUCUGACAUACGUUAUCUUUUCGAAAUACAUUCCCUGCAAAUGACGUAUGCAACCGAGGAAGACAAAUCUGGUUUAAUGAAAACAUCAGGUAGAGGGAUCGUUUCCAAUCUUAUGGGAACGAUCGCAAACAAAACAUCUUACGACUUGAAUGCGAGCAUAGGAUAUGGGGACGACAGCAGUUUCGAUUCUUUAAGUCUACGACGUAGACCAACAUCUUCCAUGAGCAUAAGGAGACGCCGUCCUGGUUCGCUUUCGUUUGCAGACACCUUAUCUCCAGUCAAACCUAGAAGACGAAAUCUGGGUGUUUUAAAAGAGGAAGAAUCAGAAAUAGAAACACCGCCACUGGAAAGAAACCGUGACAACAUUCCAAAACAACUCGUGCCGGAAGUUUUACUAACUGAGCGUAGUCCAAUAUUACACAAAAAACAAAAUUCUAAACGAAAGAGACACAAGUCGGAAAACUUGCACGAGAAGAAACCGCCGUCGCCCACGAUGGUGAUUCCCGAAUAUGCUGGUUCAAUGUAUGCCUCAGCCCCCGGAGGCCUGCCUGUUGUCAGUGAUAGUCGUGAGGUAGAUAUCCAAACCUUACACGCCUUGCAUAUCUAGAAGAAUAUGUUCUGGUUUUUUUUAGAUAUAGAGAAUAAUCCAUUGUGUCGGAAAAAUAUGAAAUGAAAUUCUUGUACUGACGUAUUAUUUAGAGUUGAAGAUACAAAAACCAUACAGUUAAACAACUUUCUUGGAGAUAGACGUAAACCACGCAAGGGUGUGAGAGUAUGACACGACAGAGUGAGUAUUGACUACAGUUAGAUUUUGGACAGGUGACAUUCGAGGGACAGUGUCAUCAAUUACUGUUCAUACAAACAUUACAUGUCCUCGUGUUUAGGUUAUUCACAACUGUAUACCAGUAUUUGUUUGUUCUUGAUAUAUUCCGGAUAAAAGGUUAAAUUGACCGGAAAAGUGUACGAAUAGCUAAAACAGUAGAUAUUUUGCAGUUUGACAAAUGGACCAGGGUCAUUAUAACUCAUUCUUAGAUGGUGAUUUAAGUGUUUUUUUGUUUGUUUUUUCAUUUCAACUGGUGUAUACUCCAAUAUCACGGAUAUUUCUAAUAACGUUGAAUCUAAGCAAAGUUGUUUUCUUCAAGCUGGGGACGAGUACAGCUGCUGUAGCUUCUAUCAUUUUAAGAAGGUAUAGCAUAUAAGUUUCUUUGGUAUUUUAGAUCACAUUCACACUCGAUAGGGCUAUUGAUAUCAUCGUUGUGUUUAAAGGCCGCAUAUUUCUUCACUACCGCCAUAUUAUCAUGUCACAAAUUCAUUUUUUGCCUUUAUCUAUAUCUACAAAUCAUUUGAAAUUUUGAAAUUUGAAAUGCAAACGGGUUAAGCUGAGACAAUAAUAGAACAACAAAUUGUGAAAGUAACCGUACUUCUAUUUCAAAUGAAAAAACGAGGCUAAGUAUGAAUGAAAUACAGAUUUAAAUUGAGUUCAUUGCAAGGACGAAACGAACAGGUUUUCGCAAGAUAAAACGAUUUCUGCGUUGUCUACGGCGCCCGACAUGUAAUGUAAAAAUCAUUACACACCAUUGGCCAUUGAAGUAGACUCAUAGUAUGCUUAAAGGGGAAUAACUCGCUAACAGCAUUGUUAAACUAGAAACUGGUGUUAACAAAAAAUGCAUAUCCAAGUUUAAAAGUGUCUGCUUUGUAGAUUUCGUUGUUUGGUUUGUUUCUAUUGUUAUGAUAAUAUUGUAGAAGAGGGUAAAAAGAAAAUUAGCAUACAUCGUUUAUAAAUACACCGUUUAUUAAUGUAUUCAAGACAACGACACACAUGUCUAAUGUAUAUGUGUUGGAGACAAGUUUUUGUAUGCGUAUCAUACGCCAUAUAAUUUUAUUUUAGAUAACAGAAAAAUAUGAGCUAGUACACUAACCCUGCCUUCGGAUCCUUGAUAUGGAAUGUGUAUAUACCAAGUCAAUAAGCAGUUUGAUAGUGGCGUUAUUGUUUCUUUUAAACGAAAAGUUACAACUCGUAUGGCAAACGGUGAUGCAUAUUAUUCACAGUUAAAGAACGUCUACGUGAUGAUUAUUUUCAACCAGUGGUAUAAUUAAAUUAUAUAAGAACAGUUACUGACUUCAUUUCCUGGUAAUACACUACUACCAUAUUGACCUCGGUUCCUUGGGGGGUUAAUACUUCGGGGUAAUCUUAACAUAAUUUACAGCAACAGAAUAACAUAUAUAUUAAUAAUUAUUACAAGUUUAUACAUAUACCUAAUUACUAAACGUUAGUGUUGCGUUGUGAACAUACGAUUAGUCUAUUUUUUUAAUCUUAUAUUAAUCUCUACGGCCUUGCAGCCGCUAUGUGGAUUUCAAUUUAUAGAUAAAUAUUUGAUGUGUUUUGAUUUAUUUUUGCUGGAAUAUGUUGUACUAGAUUGUUCAGUGUUGCAGAAUAUAUUGGUAUUUUGUUAAUUGUCAUGUCGUGCUUAUAUUUGAUAUAUUAAGUGCAUUAUAAAUUAGUUAUCAUUGUCUUUCAUUUCCAUUGUUAAAAGUGUGAGCAAACAAUAUAUAUGACAUUUACCUGUUUUUUUUAUAUUAUUAUUAUUUUGUUUAACGUCCUAUUAACACCAGAGUCAUUUAAGGAUGUGCCAGGUUUUGGAGGUGUAGGAAAGCCGGGGUACCCGGAGAAAAACGACCGGCCUACGGUCAGUACCUGACAACUGCCUCGCGUAGUUUCUAACUCGCAACUGAGAGGUGCAGGGUUAUUGAAAUAGUGUCGGGACACCUUAAUCACCUAGAGGUGCAGGGUUAGUGAUAAAGUGACAGAACACCUUAACCACUCGGCCACCGCGGUCCCUGUUUUUUGUGUGUGUUAUCAUAUGCAUUGUUAUAGUUGUGAAUACAAGAAAAAAAAUAAACAAUUUAUAUUCAUUGCAUUUCUAAAUGUGAAAUAUAGAAAAAAUGUCAAAUUAGUAAAAGCCAAACACCAAUGAAAACGCAGAGCGCAAAGGACUGGCGUGGAAUACAAUUGACUAUUAGAAAGCUCGAUGCAAAAAUGUAUGCAUCAUAUCAGUUUUGUAAUUUUUGUCAAAGAAUUCAGGACUAAUAUUUAUUUUCGGAAUGUUGAGAGCAAUAUACAGAUGUAACAACAGAAUAUAUAUUGUGCUCAGGUGGCUGAUAUUAAUAUCAUAGUAUAUUUCACAAGUGCGCUUGAUAUACUUGAUAAUGAUAAUAGGAAUAGUAAGAAUUCUUUUUAGAAAUAAAAGAUAUACACUGUACAUUAAUAUCUACAAAAAUUGAUUACACUUCAGUAGUACUCUUUUUAUAUGACGCAUUUAUCAAAUCGUCCAAUUACAACGAAUGGGAUGUAUUUUAAUCAAAAUGAGGCAAAUACACGCAUUUAUCAUGCGGUCGCAUUUAGUACUUGUUAAUAGUACUAGUUUUCUUACUCUUACAUACAGAAUAUCUUCUGGUGGAGUGUUGUUAAUUUGAUUAUAUUUUCAUGUUUAAACUUUUUUACAUAUGUUUGUUUUACUGCUGCUGAUAGAAUAAAGACAUUGCUCAGAUCUUUAA